UCUUCUCCUUUAUCUGCCUGGGUCCUUGUUCUUUCUCUUGUCUCUGAGUGUCUUGGUGACCAUAAUUCCCCCUUUUAUACAGCACCAUGUCAAAAGUAACCCUCCUGCUGCUGUGGGCUGCCCUGGUACUGGCCAGCCAUGUACAUGGAGCCAUGCUGAGAAAUAAAGACUCGUGGAAGCCACUGAGCAACCCCAGGAACAGAGAACUGUUUUUCAGAAGCCUCCAGGCCUAUUUUAAAGGCAGAGGACUUGAUCUUGGGAACCUUCCGAAUACUUUCUCCAUGAAUGAGGACCCCAGACCUCAAUCUUUCCAGGCAGAACAUAUUGCUUCUGCGUUUGCAGACUACGAAGAGCAGAGAAACUCCCUCCCUAAGUCCUACAAGGGCUGAAAGCCUCAGAGCCCAGGUAAUGCUGCCCCUUUGGCCCCAGGGUCUGUGGAAGCACACAGCCAUGCAGGAGAGAUUUUGAAAAGCUUUCUUAGAAUUCAGUCCUCAGUUUUGA